AUGGGUGAGCUUUUUAAGGAAAACUGCAUCUACGUAGAGGAAGAUGUCACCCAAAAUCGGAGAAGAAAAGUCACUACUGAAGGCGAAGCGGCGAAUGGAUUUGGAUCUGUGAAGGAUGUCUUUAUAGAAAAUUUCUCGGGGAACUUAGAACGUGACGGAGCUGCUCUAGCUGUUUAUCACAAAGGAGCUCUGGUGGUGGACUUGUGGGGUGGAGUCGCCGAUCGUGCAGCUGGUAGCCUUUGGAAUCGCGAUACACUGGCAAGUAUCGUCUGUUGCACAAAGGGCGUUGCCUCGAUCUGCAUAGCGAUGAUGGUUGACCGAGGCGAGUGUAGUUAUUCGGACAAGGUGAUCAAGUUCUGGCCGGAGUUCGGGAGCAAUAACAAGCAAGACAUCACCAUUGAAAUGAUUCUUACUCAUAGGGCAGGGAUGCCAUAUUUUGAUGCUGAGUUCAAUUUGAAUGAAAUAACCAAAGACAGUAUGACCAAAAUAAUCGAAGCCGAGCUUCCUAAAUAUCCACCGGGCUCUAAAACACAAUAUCAUGCAGUUACCUUUGGAUGGCUUAUAGAUCAGAUUUUCAGCCGCAUUGACAAGAAACAUCGAACAGUUGGAGAAUUUUUUCGCGAAGAAGUUCAUGGGAAGUACAGUACGUCUUCAUACGUCGAAGUAUACAUAGGAUGUUCAGAAGAACAAGAAAGUCGUUUAGCAAAAUUUCCACAAGCGAAGAAAGGUUUGGUGUUGCGGGAAUAUAUUCAUGACAGAAAAAUUUUCACGAUCGGUGCACAUCUCUCAAAGAGGCCAACAGUAGGUGUAAGCAGAAUGCAGGCCAGUAAUGAGAUUGUCGAUUUGUUCAAUAACCGUGAUGUACGCACGAUCGCACAAGCAGCACUGAGUGGAGUAGCGACAGCUCGUGGCUUAGCUCGAACAUUUCAGUUGUUCAUGGAUGGCUCCCUAAUAUCAAAUGAUUUGCUUCAGAGAAUCAGCAAACCACAGUACUGCAACGAGUUCGAUCACGCACUUGGUAAAGAAGAAAGCAAAGGCUAUGGUUUCGUGUAUACAAAGAGCUCCACGGGUUCGUGGCAAAUCGGGCAUCCGGCGGUCGGCGGUCAAUGUGUCUAUAUGGAUCCUGUCAAUAAUGUCGUCGUAUGUUAUUUGACGAACGGCGUGAAGUCCUGGGCUGGAGACUAUCCGCUGUGCUUCAGUAAUUUGCAGAUGAAAAUUUAUGAAGCUAUUGCAAACAUUGGCUUGCAAAGUUCCGACGUAUUUAUUAAUAGCCCUCCCGUAAACAAAACUCAUGCCACGUGA